AUGGAAAAGUCAAAUAAUAAUUUGCUAGUGAGGAGUUACAUAUCGGAUUAUAAUAAAAAUAGUAAAUUCAUUGAGUAUGAUGAAAAAAAUAAUAUACAUAAAAAAAAUGAUGGGCAUAUGAUAGCAGAGCUUUAUCAAAAAAAUAAAACAAAUAUUUUUUCUUUUCUUAUUAAGAUUUUUAUUGUGAUUCAGAUAAUAUGGAUAUCUCAAUUUUCUUCUAGAAAUGAUGUAUUUGGGGAAAAAGGAAUUUCAAAUUAUGAAAAUUGGGAGCAUUUUAAAAAUAAUGAGAUUAUAAGAAAUCAUAGAAUAUUAAUGGAAAAUUUACUAAAAUCACCUUCGGGUCCUAAAUAUGAAAUAUUGGAAAAAAAUGUUAUGGAUCAAAUUGAUCAUAUUUAUAAAACUCAAAGUAAAAGUUUUUGGUCUAAAAUAAUGGGAUUCAUUAAAAAAAUGGAUUUACUUUUUGAAAGAGAAGUUAUAAGAAUUUUAGAAUAUAUAGAAAAAGAAAAAGAAAAACCAAUUAAAGAUGGUAUAAAAUUUUUUAAAAGUUUAAAAGUUUUUUUUAAUGGAUUAAAGCUUUUUUCGGCACCAAUUGCAGCAGCAGCUAAUACAUUAUUAAUAUAUUAUUUUAAGCCACAAAUAAUAAGCUUAACUAUAGGAAUUGGACUAAAUAUUUUACCAAUAGCUACUGUGGCUUAUGUAAUUUACAAAAUAUAUAAAGUAAAUUCAGAAAUUCAAAAAAGCAAAUUUAAAAAAAAAUUCUCUAAUAAAUUUAAAUGA